AUGUCAACCAUCCCACCAGAGCAGCUAGCAGCUAUGGAGGCCGGCGCAGCCCAGUUCUUCAGCCGGGACAAAGGCGCUUCUAUCAUGCCAUUACACUCAGCUGGUUUCAUCGAUAGCCUGCUCAUGGGCAUCGUCAUCACGGAAGCCUGCCGAUAUUGUCGUUUCGUACGCACCGAUCGAAAGCAUAUCGUUGCGAUGGUGGCACUGGGUGUGGUCGGUACUUCAAUCGCUUCGGUCUUUAUACUGCUCUGGAUGCAAAUCCUGUUCGUCUGGGGAUUUGGCACAUACUUGGACUUUGGUGCGACUCGGUGGUUCGCUCGCUACAUGUCCGUUAACGCAGGCACGACCCUACUAGCUUUCUACAUCGAUCGAGCCAGCAGGCUCUUCCAGCACUGGUGGCCGGCUGCUCUUAUCGGCCCCUUUGCUAUUGGUACUUGCGCCGUCUCGAUCGCGUUCAUUAGGGUAGGAUAUGCGCCUUACGAGUAUAUAACCUUCGAGAUGCUCGCCAACCCGGCGUACAAGGCACUUGCCUAUAGCAUUUGCUCUCUUUGCAUCGUCACCGACCUGCUCAUCACUCUCACGGUCGUCUAUGGUCUGUUCCGCUUCAAGACAGGCUGCACACCGGCUACCGACUCUAUACUUGGCCGCCUGAUCAUUCAAAUCUUUGAAGCUCAGUUGCCGGCGCUCGCUAUCUCCGUCAUCUCCUUCAUCAUGUGGGACCGAGCAUUCCAGUUUGCUUUCCCUUUCGUGAUCUCCCAGACCAAGAUUUAUGUCCUCGGGAUGCUCAUCACCCUCAACCUCCGGUCUACACCAUCCGAGUCCUCGGGAACAGGUACCGCUGUCGGUGGUAUUGAUGCUCAUGCGCUGGAUCCAGUCACCAAAACUUAUCAUACCGAAUCACACCUCAUGAAAGACCUGUCCGAGGUGGAGCGGGGCGCCAAAGGCCAGCCGGAGGUGAAUGCAAAGGACGAGGGGGAUCGUGACUCUAUCCACAUUCACUACGGCUCGACCUCCCACCUCUCGCCUCGACCGGAGGGCUGGUAA